GUUUUAAUUACGAUAAAGACUGUGGAUAAUAUUAGGAUUUCAAAUUAUCCGCCAGCUGUCAAGCAAAGUGAGAAAAGGACUUCUGGAAUUUGUCAUUCUGUGGGUUUUGGUUUAUCUUUGUGAAGGGGUGCGGUAUUUUAACAUUUAACCGACGAGAAAAAGUGUUACAAAAACAAGUGUUUGAGUGGUGAAAGGUUGACUUUCCCACUGAUUCACAAUGAGCUACAUGCAGUCUAACCAGAACAGGCCCAUGUCUCAAGGUCACUACCAAGGGCCGGGAGACCUCCCGAUGCCUUCCUCAAAGGAACAGACGCUCAUGUGGCAGCAGAACUCCUACAUGGGGGAUUCAGGAAUCAAUUCUGGUGCUGCAACCCAGGUGCCAUCAUUGACUGGCAAAGAGGAAGAAGAGAUGGACUUGUUCGACUUAGAUCAGGGCUAUCAAGGUUUCACCCAGGAACAAGUCGAUGAAAUGAACAACCAAUUGAAUCAGACCCGGUCUCAAAGGGUCAGGGCUGCUAUGUUCCCAGAAACCUUGGAAGAAGGCAUCGAGAUUCCAUCAACCCAGUUCGACCCGACUCACCAAACCGCUGUCCAACGCCUGGCUGAACCGUCUCAGAUGUUGAAACAUGCCGUGGUAAAUCUGAUCAACUACCAAGACGACGCUGAUCUGGCCACCAGGGCCAUUCCCGAGUUGAUCAAAUUGUUGAACGACGAAGAUCAAGUCGUCGUGUCUCAGGCUGCGAUGAUGGUGCACCAGCUAUCCAAGAAGGAAGCGUCCAGACACGCCAUCAUGAAUAGUCCUCAGAUGGUAGCCGCGUUGGUUCGCGCCAUCACCAAUUCCAACGAUUUGGAAACUACGAAAGGUGCAGUCGGUACCUUGCACAAGUUAUCGCACCACCGACAAGGCUUGCUCGCUAUUUUCAAAAGCGGCGGAAUACCGGCACUGGUCAAACUGCUUUCUUCUCCAGUGGAAAGCGUUUUGUUUUAUGCCAUCACAACCUUGCAUAAUCUUCUGUUGCACCAGGAUGGGUCAAAAAUGGCUGUCAGACUUGCCGGAGGUCUUCAGAAAAUGGUGGCUCUGCUUCAGCGUAACAACGUCAAGUUUCUUGCCAUAGUCACUGAUUGUCUGCAGAUUCUUGCCUACGGAAAUCAGGAGAGCAAGUUGAUCAUCUUGGCAUCUCAAGGUCCCAUCGAACUGGUCAGAAUCAUGCGCUCCUACGACUACGAAAAGCUCCUGUGGACCACCUCGCGCGUCCUGAAGGUCCUUUCGGUCUGCUCCAGCAACAAACCGGCGAUCGUCGAAGCCGGAGGCAUGCAAGCCUUAGCGAUGCACCUGGGGAAUCCCAGCCAAAGGCUGGUGCAAAACUGUCUUUGGACGCUGAGGAAUCUGUCGGAUGCCGCUACUAAAGUGGACGGGCUGGAGAGCCUCUUGCAGUCACUCGUACAGGUUCUGGCAUCUUCGGACGGUAACGUAGUGACUUGCGCCGCCGGGAUUCUCUCGAACUUGACGUGCAACAACCAGCGCAACAAAGUGACCGUCUGUCAAGUGGGUGGAGUCGAUGCUUUGGUGCGUACGGUUGUCGCCGCGGGAGACCGCGAAGAGAUCACGGAGCCAGCCGUUUGCGCUUUGAGACAUCUCACUUCCAGACAUGUGGAGUCUGAAAUGGCACAGAAUGGCGUGAGGCUGAACUAUGGCAUACAGGUCAUCGUGAAGUUGUUGACACCGCCAUCUCGCUGGCCGUUGGUGAAAGCCGUGAUUGGUUUGAUCAGAAAUCUUGCUCUGUGCCCCGCAAAUCACGCUCCUUUGCGUGAACACGGUGCCAUACAUCACUUGGUUCAACUGUUGAUGAGGGCUUAUCAGGACAUACAAAGGCGCAACGGCGUAUCUUCGAGCGCGUCGAGCGGCGGGGGCGGCGGCGGUGGCGGCCAGCCGCCUGCGGGCACGUACGCGGACGGCGUGCGCAUGGAGGAGAUCAUAGAGGGCGCUGUUGGAGCGUUGCACAUCCUCGCGAGGGAAUCGCACAAUCGCGCGGUCAUCCGGCAGUCCAUGGUGAUUCCGGUCUUUGUACAACUGCUAUUCAACGACAUUGAGAACAUCCAGCGCGUUGCCGCAGGUGUUCUUUGUGAACUGGCUGCCGACAAAGAAGGUGCUGAAAUGAUAGAACAGGAAGGGGCUACGUCACCGCUAACCGAACUGUUACAUUCAAGAAACGAAGGUGUCGCGACUUACGCGGCCGCAGUGCUGUUCAGAAUGAGCGAAGAUAAGCCUCAGGAUUAUAAGAAACGUUUAUCUAUGGAGCUGACGAAUUCCUUGUUCAGAGAGGAGAAUCUCUGGAAUCCUGAUCUCGGGAUGGGAGCUGACUUACAGGAUAUUUUGAGCCCAGAUCAAGCGUACGAUCACAUGUACGGCCAAGGGCCGCCCAGCGUUCACAGUAGCCACGGUGGCAGGCCCUACCAGCAGCAAGAUGGGUAUUAAGGAAUUUAGCCUCUAACAACCUAACACUAGAAGGGUAUGACCAGAUACCAGUAGACAUGCAGGGUCUGGAGAUAGGCGAGAUGGAUGUUACAGGACCAGAACCGGACCUGAAUUUCGACACCAUCAAUCAGUUGCCGACACCUCCACAGGAUAACAACCAGGUCGCUGCUUGGUAUGACACUGAUUUGUAGAUCACGACGAUUUCGCGUAACUUUAUUCAAUAUCUAUCGUUUUUUAUCAAUUUCCGUACAGGCACUUUUCUUUCAUGAACCCAAAAAAACUAAACACUACACCGUUUUACAACCAUCUUAGGCGUGAGAAGUUUUGCUAAACGUGUCAUUUAUUUUGACAUUUUACAUUUGCGUAUUUUGCUAGAAAAUGAUGCAAUAAAGUCUUAAUUAUAUGAUCAUCUAAACACGCUGUCAGAAGUAUACAGAUGCAUACAGUAUGUAUGACUAUUUUGGAUCUUUGAACAACAAAAGAUCAAAUCUAUGGAAAUGAUAUCAGUAAAGAAAUUGACUUGCUCAAUCUAUUAUUGAAUCAAUCGGAAAGGAAGAAAAGAAAACAAAAUGAUGAUAUCAAGUAGUUUGAAACCAAAAACUCUCAACACAUACACUUGAGCUUUGUCUACGUCUUUCAUAUGUAAACUUGGAUAUAUGAAGGAAAAGCUGCCUCUACUUUAGUAUAUAUUUAAAUUUGAUCGAUUUCACAGUUUAACAAAACACAUCUGAGUAAUUUUUGACACGAAAUGAAAACAUUUUCAUAAGAAUUUCACCUAGAAUUUUUUUACACAUUUUUUGGCCCUUUACAGCUAUCCUGUAUAUUUAUAAAAUGAAGUCCAAGUAUGCCUUCAUGCAAUAUACACUAUUUUUUAUGAUUCCCUAUUGUCAAUUUUCAAAUUAUAUAUUAUUUUAUCUGUAGUGUUCAUUAUUUUUAAUUAUUUUAUUGCUAAGACUAGGCAAGUCAUUUAUCGCUAAAGUAUCCUAAUUUCCAAAUACCACACCUUCAACUUUAUUUCACACAUAAGAUAUGAAGUUGUUAUUUUUCAAUACAUUCUUAUAUUACGAUCUAUCACCCUGUAUAAUUGAAGUGGUCUCUUAGGGCUAUAUUUGUUCGCAAUUUAAUCAAAAUGAGUUAUGUAACCAUACCUAGUGAACAGUACUAAGUAUGAUUUACAAAGUGGAGAACUGAUGUGUAAUAAUUGUUGUGAUUUACAAAUUAUUAUCGACAAAAAAAUCAUAACUGUCUAGUUUAUAAGACAUAUAUCGAUUGUGUUUAAUUUUUUUUACAUAUUUUAUAGGUGUACAUUUGAGUUAAUAGUGCAGCUAUUGUGAGGAAAUUUGUGGUACUUGACAUGUGAAAAAUCAUUAGAACUUGCAAAUCGUUUUUUUGUAUUUGUUAUAUUUCAGGUACCCACUUUGAUCCAUUUUCAACAAUUUGUCUUUGUGAAUUCCUUAUUUUUUGGGGGUAAAAUAGUAAGAGUGAUCUACAAAUGAUUUUCAUAUGGUUUCAAGUUCAUACAUUUCCUAAUUCCCAAUUUCCUAUUAUAUUAUUCAUUAUUUUUUUUAAGUUUUCCAAAUUUUCUCCCUUAACCCUUUAGAAAGCUAGACAUAUUAAAUCAGUAUUUAUAUAGUGUAUAACGUUACGAAACUUAGUGAUAGUCUCUUAUAUUUAAAAAUAUUUUUUUGUUAUUUCGAGACGUUUUUAUUCUGAUAUUUUGCCGCACAAUGUAUAUACAAGUUGAUUCAAAAUCGGCGUACAAAGUUUCUAAAAAAUAUUUUGUACUCAAAAUCCAGAAAAUAACUUUACAUUAUUUGAAAAAAAAAUUAUGAAUUUGCAAUGUUUGUUUAAUCUGUGAUACAACGUCUGGAAUUUUUGAUCAAGAUAGUCGGCGAAAUGUUUUCGUAGAAACUUGCUUAAUAUGCACAUCGAUUUGUGCGUUCAUUUUGAGUGCACCCUGUAUAUCGUGUCUUUUUAUUGAUUUCGGAGUUUUUCAUCAUACAGGGUAGAAUUUUUGAGUGGGACACUGCCUUUUGUGAACCAUUUACGCAUAUAAUACAUAGGAAUAUAUAACGUUUCUGACUGAC